AUGGCUACUACUGGUGCUUUGAUUGCCCCGGCCACCAUCCCCGUCCGGGGUGGUUGUGACCGUCUCAUGGCCCUCGAAUUGGCGGAUGGUACUGUGUACCAGGGUUACAACUUUGGUGCGGAGAAGAGUGUGUCUGGUGAAUUGGUCUUCCAGACUGGUAUGGUUGGAUACCCUGAGUCAGUUACCGAUCCCUCCUACCGCGGACAGAUCCUGGUUGUCACCUUCCCGCUCGUCGGAAACUACGGUGUUCCCUCGCGGGAGGAGAUGGACGAAGUGCUACUGAGCCUGCCCAAGCACUUUGAGUCAAAUCAGAUUCACGUUGCGGCGUUGGUGGUGGCAGCCUACGCCGGCGAGGACUACUCGCACUUCUUGGCAAAGUCUUCCCUCGGUGACUGGCUCAAGGAGCAGGGCGUUCCUGCCAUCCACGGUGUCGACACCCGUGCUCUGACCAAGCGCCUUCGUGAGACUGGUAGCAUGCUGGGUCGCCUGCGCCUGCAGAAGGCCGGAGAUGCCAACGGCGCCUCCGCUGUUGUCGAGGCUGCUACCUGGAACUCACAGUUCGAGGAGAUCGAAUGGGUUGACCCCAACGCCACUAACCUGGUCGCUGAGGUUUCCAUCCGCGAGCCUCGCCUGUACUCUCCCCCCGCCGAUGUUGCUCUUAUGCACCCCUCGGGUCGCCCCGUCCGCGUCCUGUGUUUGGAUGUCGGUAUGAAGUACAACCAGCUGCGCUGCUUGCUCUCUCGCGGCGUUGAGGUCCUGGUCGUGCCUUGGGACUACGACUUCCCCACCUUGGCCGGCAAGGAUUACGACGGUCUGUUUGUGUCCAACGGUCCCGGUGACCCUGCGACCCUGACCACUACCAUCGCCAACCUGUCCAAGACAUUGAAGGAUGCCCGGACACCCGUGUUCGGUAUCUGUCUGGGUCACCAGCUGAUUGCUCGUUCAGUCGGAGCUACCACUACCAAGAUGAAGUUCGGUAACCGUGGUCACAACAUUCCUUGCACAAGCAUGAUCUCCGGAAAGUGCCACAUCACCUCUCAGAACCACGGUUAUGCUGUUGAUGCCUCCAGCCUCCAGGAUGGCUGGGAGGAGCUGUUCGUCAACGCCAACGAUGGCAGUAACGAAGGUAUCCGUCACACUAGCCGUCCCUUCUUCAGUGUCCAGUUCCACCCGGAGAGCACCCCCGGUCCUCGCGAUACCGAGUACUUGUUUGAUGUAUUCAUCAAGACCAUCCAGAACUCCAUUGCAUCUGCUGAUGCGCUCACCAAGCCCGUUGAGUUCCCCGGCGGUCUCAUUGAGGACAACCGCAAGGCUCACCCUCGCGUCUCUGUUAAGAAGGUCUUGGUCCUUGGUAGUGGUGGUCUGAGCAUUGGUCAGGCCGGUGAGUUUGAUUACUCUGGUAGUCAGGCCAUCAAGGCUUUGAAGGAGGAGGGAAUUUACACCAUCCUGAUCAACCCCAACAUUGCCACCAUUCAGACCUCCAAGGGUCUGGCUGACAAGGUCUACUUCUUGCCUGUCAACGCCGACUUCGUUCGCAAGGUCAUCAAGCACGAGCGUCCGGAUGCCAUCUACGUCACCUUCGGUGGUCAGACCGCUCUCUCAGUUGGUAUCCAGCUCAAGGAUGAGUUCGAGGGACUUGGUGUCAAGGUCCUUGGUACUCCCAUCGAUACCAUCAUUACCACCGAGGACCGUGAGCUGUUCGCUCGCAGCAUGGACUCCAUCAACGAGAAGUGCGCCAAGUCCGCUUCUGCCUCGACUAUUGAGGAGUGUAUGGAAGUUGUUGAGAACAUCGGCUUCCCUGUCAUUGUGCGCGCUGCCUAUGCUCUGGGUGGUCUCGGCAGUGGUUUCGCUUACAACAUGGAGGAGCUGAAGGAGCUCUGUGUCAAGGCUCUGGCUGUCAGUCCCCAGGUACUGAUCGAGCGCAGUAUGAAGGGCUGGAAGGAGAUCGAGUACGAGGUUGUUCGUGAUGCUCAGGACAACUGUAUCACUGUCUGCAACAUGGAGAACUUCGAUCCCCUUGGUAUUCAUACCGGUGACUCAAUUGUCGUUGCCCCCUCCCAGACCCUCUCUGACGAGGACUACAACAUGCUCCGUACCACUGCCGUCAAUGUCAUUCGUCACCUUGGUGUCGUUGGUGAAUGUAACAUUCAGUACGCCCUGAACCCCUUCUCCAAGCAGUACUGCAUCAUUGAGGUCAACGCCCGUCUCUCUCGAUCUUCCGCUCUGGCCUCCAAGGCCACUGGUUACCCUCUGGCGUUCAUUGCUGCCAAGUUGGGUCUGGGUAUUCCCCUGAAUGAGAUCAAGAACUCCGUCACUCAGUCCACUUGCGCCUGCUUUGAGCCCUCGCUCGAUUACUGUGUGGUCAAGAUUCCUCGAUGGGAUUUGAAGAAGUUCACUCGUGUCUCGACCGAGCUGGGUUCCUCUAUGAAGAGUGUCGGUGAAGUCAUGAGCAUUGGCCGAACCUUCGAAGAAGCUAUCCAGAAGGCCAUUCGCUCUGUUGACUUCCACAACAUUGGUUUCAGCGCGAAGGAUGCCCUUAUGUCUAUUAAGGGCGAGCUUCAGACUCCCUCCGACCAGCGUCUGUUUGCCAUUGCUAACGCUAUGGCUUCCGGCUACACUGUCGAUGAUAUCUGGAAGCUGACCAACAUUGAUAAGUGGUUCCUGACCCGCCUGAAGGGCCUGAAUGACUUUGGAAAGUCCAUGUCCGCGUUCAACGCCUCUACUGUCCCUGUGCCUAUGAUUCGCCAGGCUAAGCAGCUUGGUUUCUCUGAUGCCCAGCUGGCUAACUUCCUUGGCUCUAACGAGCUGGCUGUGCGCCGUAUGCGUGUCGAGGCUGGUAUUACACCCAUUGUCAAGCAGAUCGAUACCGUCGCUGCUGAGUUCCCUGCUCACACCAACUACCUUUACCUCACUUACAAUGCCUCUGAGCACGACUUGAAGUUCGAUGACCACGGUAUUAUGGUUCUUGGUUCCGGUGUCUACCGUAUUGGUUCUUCUGUCGAGUUCGACUGGUGUUCCGUGCGCACCAUCCGCACUCUUCGCGAACAGGGUCACAAGACCAUCAUGGUCAACUACAACCCGGAGACCGUUAGUACCGACUACGACGAGGCCGACCGUCUUUACUUCGAGAACAUUAACCUUGAGACUGUUCUCGACAUCUACCAGCUGGAGACUUCCAGCGGUGUUAUCAUGUCCAUGGGUGGUCAGACCCCCAACAACAUCGCCCUGCCUCUGCACCGCCUGAAUGUUAAGAUCUUGGGUACCUCUCCCGAGAUGAUUGACGGCGCUGAGAACCGUUACAAGUUCUCUCGCAUGUUGGACCGUAUUGGUGUCGACCAACCUGCCUGGAAGGAGUUGACUAGCAUCGAGGAGGCCCGCGAGUUCUGCAACAAGGUCAGCUACCCUGUGCUUGUCCGCCCCUCCUACGUGCUUUCUGGUGCUGCCAUGAACACUGUUUACUCGGAGGACGACUUGGCCAACUACCUUAACCAAGCCGCUGAUGUGUCUCGCGACCACCCUGUUGUCAUUACCAAGUACAUUGAGAAUGCCAAGGAGAUCGAGAUGGACGCUGUUGCCCUUAACGGUGUCAUGGUUGGUCACUUCAUCUCUGAGCACGUCGAGAACGCCGGUGUGCACUCUGGUGAUGCUACCCUGGUUCUGCCCCCGCAGGAUCUGAGUGCCGAGACUAUUCGCCGCAUUGAGGAGGCCACUCGCAAGAUUGGUAACGCCCUGAAUGUCACCGGUCCCUACAACAUUCAGUUCAUUGCCAAAGACAACGACAUCAAGGUUAUUGAGUGCAACGUCCGUGCCUCUCGUUCCUUCCCCUUCGUGUCCAAGGUUAUGGGUGUUGACCUGAUCGAGAUGGCUACUAAGGCCAUGAUCGGUGCUCCCUUCCAGGAGUACCCCCCCGUCACCAUUCCCAAGGACUACGUCGGUGUCAAGGUUCCUCAGUUCUCCUUCUCGCGUCUCUCCGGUGCUGAUCCCGUCCUCGGUGUUGAGAUGGCCUCCACUGGUGAGGUUGCCUCCUUUGGUCGUGACAAGUACGAGGCCUACCUCAAGGGUCUGCUGUCCACUGGCUUCAAGCUCCCCAAGCGGAACAUUUUGUUCUCCAUUGGUUCGUACAAGGAGAAGCUUGAGAUGCUGCCUUCUAUCAAGAAGCUCCACGACCUCAAGUACAACUUGUUCGCCACCUCCGGUACCGCCGACUUCCUCAAGGAGAACGGUGUUCCCGUGAAGUACCUUGAGGUCCUGGCUGGUGAGGAGGACGACAUCAAGUCGGAAUACUCUCUGACUCAGCACUUGUCCAACAACCUCAUCGAUCUGUACAUCAACUUGCCAUCCAGCAACCGCUUCCGCCGUCCGGCCAACUACAUGUCCAAGGGUUACCGCACUCGUCGUAUGGCUGUUGACUACCAGACUCCUCUUGUCACCAACGUUAAGAACGCUAAGAUCCUGAUCGAGGCUAUCGCUCGCCACUUCCCUCUGGAGAUCAUUCCUUCUGACUUCCAGACCAGCCACCGCACUGUGGUUCUGCCUGGCCUGAUCAACAUUGCUGCUUUCGUCCCUGGUCUUGCCACUCCUGGCUCGAAGGACAUCGAGGCUGUCACCAAGGCCUCUAUCUCCGCUGGUUUCAGCAUGGUUCGUGUCAUGCCUGUCGGUGUUGACAGCUCGGUCACCAAUGCUCGUGAUCUGAAGAUCGUUCAGCAGAAUGCCGAGGGCAAGUCGUACUGUGACUUCAACUUCUCGGUUGUUGCCACUUCCUCUAACUCUGACGAGAUCACUCGCAUUACUGGCGACGUUGGCUCGCUCUUCAUCCCCUUCAACCACCUGUCCGGCAACAUCAACCGGGUGGCUACUGUGACCGACCACUUUGCUUCCUGGCCCUCCAGCAAGCCCUUGAUCACUGAUGCCAAGGGUACCGACCUGGCAUCGAUCCUGCUCCUGGCCAGCCUGCACAGUCGCAACAUCCACGUGAUGAGCGUGACCUCUAAGGAGGACAUCAAGCUCAUUGCUCUGAGCAAGGCCAAGGGCCUGAAGGUGACCUGCGAUGUCUCCAUCUUCUGCCUGUUCCUCUCGCGUGAGGAGUUCCCUGCCUGCAGCACUCUUCCCUCUGCCGAGGACCAGAAGGCACUGUGGGAACACAUGAGCACUAUCGACGUCUUCUCCAUCGGCAGCAUUCCUUUCCAGCUUGCUGGUAAGGACGCUUCUCCUGCGGUCGGUCUGGCCGAGUCUCUGCCCCUGCUCUUCACUGCUGUGGCUGAGGGUCGCCUUACUGUUGAGGACAUCACUGCUCGCCUCUACGAGAACCCCAAGAGCAUCUUCGAGCUCCACGACCAGGCUGAUUCCUCGCUUGAGAUUGAGAUUGAUCGUCCCUACGUGUUCCAGAACACUGAGGCUUGGUCUCCCUUCAACGGCAAGACAAUGCGCGGCUCUGUUCAGCGUGUCGUCUUCCAGGGUAAGACCUGCUGCCUUGACGGUGAGAUCGUCACCGUGGCUGGCAAGGGUGUGGACAUGUCUUCCCACCGGAUCAUUCCCACCUCUCCCAUCCAGAAGCCGACCACCCCUAUGGUCCGUCCUGAGAGCUCUCUGGAGCGCCAUACUUCCGUCGCUGGCACUCCUGGCCGCCGUGCCCGUGCUCUGGACGCCAACAUCCCUGUUGGUGAGCUUGGCCCUCCUUUGUACACCCCCUCCUCCCAGGCCUCUCCCCUGAACGAGAUGCUCUCCCGCUCUCAGUUCCGUGGCAAGCACGUCCUGUCCGUGGACCAGUUCACUCGCGCGGACCUGCACCUGCUCUUCACUGUUGCCCAGGAGAUGCGCCUCGGUGUUCAGCGUCAGGGUGUCCUUGAUGUCCUCAAGGGUCGUGUUCUGUGCACUCUGUUCUACGAGCCCUCCACCCGCACCUCGGCCUCUUUCGAUGCUGCUAUGCAGCGUCUUGGUGGCCGCGUUGUCUCCGUCUCCACUGAGCACUCAUCCACUCAGAAGGGCGAGUCUCUCCAGGACACCAUCCGCACCCUCGGCUGCUACGGUGAUGCCGUGGUCCUCCGCCACCCUAGCCCCACCAGCACCGAUGUUGCCGCCAAGUUCUCUCCCGUUCCCAUCAUCAACGGUGGAAACGGCGCCGUCGAGCACCCUACCCAGGCCUUCCUGGACCUCUUCACCAUCCGUGAGGAGCUGGGUACCGUCGCCGGUCUGACCAUCACCUUCACUGGUGAUCUCCGCUACGGCCGCACCGUCCACUCCUUGAUCAAGUUGCUCCGCUUCUACGAUGUCCAGGUCCAGCUUGUCUCACCCAAGGAGCUUGCUCUUCCCGAGGAGGUUCGCAAGCAGCUCAUCGCCUCCGGCCAGCUCCGCCUCGAGACCGAUGUCCUCACUCCCGAGAUCGUCGCCCGCUCCGACGUCCUGUACUCCACCCGGGUGCAGAAGGAGCGCUUCACCGACCUCACCCAGUACGAGCGUCUCAAGAACAGCUUUGUCAUUGACAACGCUCUGCUCAAGCAUGCCAAGAGCCACAUGGUCGUCAUGCACCCUCUGCCUCGCAACGCCGAGGUCACCGAGGAGGUUGACUUUGACCAGCGGGCUGCUUACUUCCGCCAGAUGAGAUAUGGCCUUUACUGCCGCAUGGCCCUCCUGGCUUUGAUUUUGGCCCCUUAA